UUUACUACUACUAGUUCCGGUAUCUCAUCUGAAAUGUCUGGUAGAGGACUAUUUCGAGUCAUUAUUAAAAAUUUUGUCGAUUCAUUUAAGAAGCCGCGACAGAGUGGACAAUUAAUGGGUGACGACUACUUCGGAAAUAAGUACUACGAGCUCGCUGCAGAUCCAUCAAGAGGAAAGAGAUAUCCAAAAAGAUUUUAUGUCCCACCUGUUGAUAUGAAGUACGAUCAAGAUUCAAUGCCUGCAGAAUGGGAUGCGUGGUUGAGAUAUCGCCGGGAUACUCCACCCUCUGAAGAGGAACUCAAGGGUAAUUUGACUGUGGCAAUGAUGAAGAAAGAAAAUGCUGAAAAGAUAGAAGGCAGUAAGAGUCUUUCUCCAGAAGAGGUAAGAUGAUUAAUAAUCCUGAUC